AUGGAUGUCAUACAAAACUUGUCUCAAGAAGCACCCUCCAGUAAUGAACAUAAAGAUAAGAGGAGAAAAGUACAAUAUUGUGAUUUAGAAGGCCAAGAUGACAUUAUCUGUGAUUAUAAAAUUAAUAAUGCUUCCAUAGUAUCUGAUAAAGUUACUAUUCCAGAUAUUAACAAACAUUUAAAUUUGGUUGGAAAAGCAUUAUCACAAAAAAAAGAAAGAAUUUUAUUCCAGAAGGCACCUGGACAAUUAAUUAAUUAUUUUAAAUUAUUAGAGACAGCAAUGAUGUGUCAUCACUGUUUGUAUAAGACUGACAAUGAUCCAGAAUACUUAGAUUCACCUAAUUAUCAAUCACCAGCUCAAAAAAAAUCAAAUGAAAAAAUUCAGAAAUUUCAAAAUAAAACAUAUGCUUUACGUGAUGAUAUUUUUUAUUCUGAGGAAGAAUUUCAACAAUUAGAGUCUGCAUAUCAUGAAGUGUGUGCGGAACUUGAGAAAGCAAAGUUAGAACCUGAUGAAUUUAAUAAAUGUUAG